UGAACCUUGACCUGCGUACUUGAUAAUAUCAAAUAUUCUCUUUUUAUCAUAAAAUACCAUCCUUUGUAGAAGCCAAAGACCGUUAAAUUUACAAUAAUCCCUAUUCUAAGCUCAAAAUUAUUUCUUUAUUAAUUAAUAGGCCUAAGCAUUCUUUCUCUGUUAAUAAGUUACUCACAGAUCUCAAAAGUAAAAGUAGCCCAGCCAGGCUUCCGGCUUUCACACUUCCACCCAGUUGACCCAGCCCAUUAAAUUGUGUAAACAAACAGCAUUGAUCAAGGCCUAUCUACCACGAUCUUUGAUAAACAAGAACUCGUGAUAUUAUAUCUUUUAAUGGCAUCGCAGGAAUGAAAACAGGCCGUUCCGGUACUUGCAUUAUUAUUAGAGAAAUUCUGACUGCCAAGACCUAGAUCUAGUAGAAACCCUUCCUUCUGUGCUGAAAGAUGUCUUCUCAUGCAGUUGUUGACUUCAUGACACGUGGUACUUUGGACUGAGACUAAAUGGUUGAAAAUGUCUGCUCAAGAGACUUUCCCUCUAAUGCCUGAGUACCUGGCUGGAUUUCCGGUUUUGUAAGGGUCACUCGAUUCCAUCUCACUGUCAGCCAUACAGCCCACUGGAAAAGGAUCUGCGAACCUGACAGAGAAAUAUGGGGUCAACAGUGAAGUUACCUGACCCCGAAAUGAUGUCUAUUGCUUACCUUGAGGAUGGGAAGUAUGUCAAUGGCGACUCUGGAGAACCACAUACUAUCCCAGAUGCUUUCGACAAGGACAAGUUUCACAGAGGGCGACGUUUUUUCAAAGACAAUCUUUAUAGUUGCACCAUGGGUAUGUUCUUUUCUCUCAUCAUAGGAAUGAGCAUUCCUGAAUUCUUAGAAGCUUUGAUUUUUACUGGAGAGUCGGAUACUCCAAAGAAAGCUAUCAGGCGAUAUGUUAUGACUUACAAUCAUGUGUUGAAGUGGCACUAUGGAAAUGUUUGGGAAGAAAAUUCAGCUGCAAAAAAUUCUAUUCUCUUUGUGAGGUCUAUGCAUGAAAAAGUGCGCUCCAAAAUGCAUCUUGGCCUUGGAACAAAACACAAGAAGUUUCUGUCACAAUAUGACAUGGGUGUUGUUUUGAGUGGCUUCAUGGGAUGUAUAAUUAUGUAUCCAAGAUUUGGAGGCAUUGUUUGUUCUAGGUCAGACUUAGACGAUUAUGUUUAUUUUUGGUAUGUGAUAGGGCGGCUUCUUGGGAUUGAAGACAAAUACAACAUUUGUGCGAACGGACUCGAACAAGCCUUCAAGUUUUGCAAAGAGAUUGAGCAGGAAGUUGUAUACAAUUGUUUGCAAGCUCCUCCUUCCAAGUAUAAAGAAAUGACAAGUGCUGUUCUUAACGGUGUAACAAAUGGUAAGUCCCUAACACUGUUGACAUAUCCAGUCAUUUCAGCUAUAUCUAUUGAAUUAAUGGGACAGAAAUAUUCAGAUAGUCUCAGCUUUCCUGAUCUCAUUAGAUAUGCCAUAUGGAAGGUCCUUUUUUUCUCUAUAAGACACUGUUCUUGGUUCAGAUAUUUACUUAAUUUGAUUAUUGAGAGGUCUCAUGGGUUGACUUUUGUUGACCCGUAAAGACAGCAAGUUCCAGAUAAAACACACACGUGUAAAGAAAUAUAGACUGAUAAGUAUUAUUAAUCAUAGGGACUGAGGGGUGAGGAAAGCUUGCUAUUGAGCUAGGAACUGUGUUAUACAAAUGCUAUUUAUUAUUUUAUACAGUCUAACACGCACACACCGAACAGAUAUUUAGGCCCGGAAUUUCUUAUAUAUGUUGGUUUAUUCUUUGUAUUCAAAAAGUGUACAUCGCAAAAUUCCCACAUAAUGAAAAGAUUUAUGCGUCCCACUGAUUUUGCUAGGUGUGUGCUAGGUAUAUAUAUAUAGAGAAAGAUAUAUGUGAGGCAGCAUGGUGAAAUCAGGCUCUUGUCAAAAUAAUGAAAUUUAAAACACUGGCAUUUUACUGUAAGUUUGGGAAUUUUUAUUGAAUUUUG